AUGGAUGUAUUCCAGGACUCUGAGGCGGAAGGCGAUAACGAAAGCGUUCACGAGUGGGGAAUGGUCGAUAGGAUGAGGUUAUGGCGGCAUGAUGCCUUGAUGCAGCAUUUAUACGAGACUGCAGCUUUCUGGGGGGAUAAAAUCCUUUCAUGGACAAACGAACCCAAUGAUGCAUUCUGGCUCGCACAAACUUACUUCAUGACACACCAGUAUUCGCGUGCAGAGCGGCUCCUGACGAGACCCUUUCCAACUGCUCCUCCAAAGUCUAAUCCCAAUAUGGUCGGGUUUGGGCAAUCCCUCGCCAAUAUGCUGCCUAUGGGUCCAGGCGGUAUAAUCGAAAUUCCUGAAGAGCUUCAAGAGGGCGUGUCGCGGCUUGUAGAUAUGAGUGUCGCUUGCCGAUAUCUUGCAGCACAAUGUCAAGUGCGUCAAGGCAAUUGGACGGAUGCCACGGAAAUGCUCGGUGAAGCUAAUCCAUUUCGCAACUCAGGAAGGAGUGGACCCUCAGUACCCAACGUGGAUGGCGGCAUAAAGGUCGAAGCUUCUAUGUGUCAUUUGAGAGGCAUACUCAUGCUCAAACUGAAUCGAAGUGAUCAAGCGAAACACUGUUUUAUGGAAGCUUUGGCUUUAGAUGUCAAAUGUUACGACGCAUUUGAACAGCUGAUAUGUGGUGAAAUGAUGACGCCCGAUGAAGAGUGGGAGUUCGUGCAAGGGCUUGCUUACCAGGAGCAAACUCCAGACGACGCGGAGUUCGUGCAAUUGAUAUAUACGGCUCGUUUGCGCAAGUAUAAGCACGCGGAAGAACAUGCUCUCACUCGGCGGCGUCUCGUGGAGGAAUUCGGACUGUCUGACAAUCCAGACGUAUUGUUCAGUUUCGCCGAUGCUUUGUAUGCGCAGUUUCGUUGGGCAGAUUGUUAUCUCAUAACAACCAGGAUAUUGGCUCUGGUAUCUGUCCAUGGUCCCACAAUGCCAGUUCAUAUAGCCUGCAUGUAUCACCUUUCGCAUUUGCACUCCAAACUGUUCAUCCUUGCGCAUGAACUUGUCGAUCGGGAGCCGGAGAAUCCGAUCAGCUGGUACGCUGUAGGCGUUUGGUAUCUUGCCUCUGGAAAGUGGUCUCAGGCCAGACAAUACUUCAGUAAAACAUCCUUAAUGGAUCCUAGAUUUGGGCCAGCUUGGGUUGCAUUUGCGCAUACAUUUGCGAUGGAGGGCGAACAUGAUCAUGCCGUGACUGCAUACUCCACCUGUGCCCGUAUGUUCACUGGAUCUCAUUUACCACUAAUGUUCGUUGGCAUGGAGCAAAUAAUGUUGUCAAAUCACGACUUGGCGGAUGAAGCUCUCCAAGCCGCGCACCUCACGUGUGAUGGCGACCCUCUUCUUAUAAACGAACUGGGCGUCAUGGCAUUCACUCAUGGAGACUUCAAACGGGCUGCAGAAUUAUUUCAGCAGUCCCUCGAUCUUGCACAGGUAUCCCAGGGCUCACAGAGUUCUUGGGCAACAACCUACCUCAAUCUUGGUACUUGCUACCGCAAAAUGAGGCGAUAUGAAGAUGCUAAGGCGAGCUACAAACGUGUCCUGGAGAUUGAACCCCAACAUCCUCAAGCGCUUGGUUUUCUUGGUAUGGUUUACCACUUGCUUGAGGACACUGCAAAAGCUAUUGAAAAAUAUCACGAAGCAUUGAGCGUAGACCCUAUCAACAGUCAUCUCAUUGAACUGCUUAAUCUGGCCUUAGAGUCUAGUAUCGCCCGUGAGCCCAUGGGAAGAGCGUAUCCAGGCGGCGAGGAGGCGUUUACGCGUAUGAUGACGAAUCUAAAAGAAAAGUAUCUAAGGAUCCACCCCAAUGGUAACACCAAGUUAGAUAAGGGUAAAGCCCCUAUGAUACAUCAGGACUCUUCAGAUGCAAGUAUCAUGGACGAAGCUAUGAAUUUGGGCUAAAUAUAUCCACUGUGUCGUGUCAGUAGUAUGAAUGAAACAUGGUACUAGAUGGAGCCCUUUUCAAAAUGCGAGCUUUAAUGCACAUGCCCAUGCGUCAAGGUAUCUACAUGAACACCUUUCCGCAUCGUAUCUCUUAUAUAUCUCCGUCGCCGUGGAU